AUGGGUCACCAGCAGCUCUACUGGAGCCAUCCGAGAAAAUUCGGCCAGGGUUCUCGCUCUUGCCGGGUUUGCUCAAACCGGCACGGUCUGAUCCGGAAAUACGGCCUCAACAUGUGCCGCCAGUGUUUCCGCCAGUAUGCGAAGGACAUCGGCUUCAUUAAGGUACGUUGGCGGACGCCAUGGUCUCCUGUUUCGGGAGGGGCCGACAAGCCGGCAGUUGGGUGUUGGCGUUUGAUCAACGCCGUUUUUCUUUUUAGGUAG